CGUGUGUUCGGCAUGGCGGCGGCUGGCGAGGGCGCCUGGCGGCCGGCGGACGGCGAGCAUGACAGCUACCAGUCGCCGCUCGCCCGCCGCUACGCCAGCGCGGACAUGUGCUUCCUGUUCAGCGACAGGUACAAGUUCCGGACCUGGCGGCAGCUCUGGCUGUGGCUCGCGGAGGCGGAGCAGACAUUGGGAUUGCCUAUAACAGAUGAGCAAAUCCAGGAAAUGAAGUCAAAUCUGGACAACAUCGACUUCAAGGUGGCAGCUGAGGAAGAGAAGCAGUUACGGCAUGACGUGAUGGCACAUGUACACACUUUUGGCCGCUGCUGUCCAAAAGCUGCGGGUAUCAUUCACCUUGGCGCCACCUCUUGCUAUGUCGGAGACAAUACGGACCUCAUUAUUCUUAGAAAUGCAUCCAACCUGCUUUUGCCAAAGCUCGCCAGAGUCAUUGCUCGACUCACUGACUUUGCCAAGGAACAUGCCGGUCUUCCCACCUUGGGGUUCACGCAUUUCCAGCCUGCUCAGUUGACCACAGUCGGUAAGCGCUGCUGCCUUUGGAUCCAGGACCUUUGCAUGGAUCUCCGGAACCUGAAGCGUGUCCAGGACGAUCUGUGCUUCCGAGGAGUGAAGGGCACCACUGGCACUCAGGCCAGCUUCCUGCAGCUCUUUGAAGGAGACCACCAGAAGGUAGAGCAGCUUGACAAGAUGGUGACAGAAAAAGCAGGAUUUAAGAGAGCUUUUAUCAUCACAGGGCAGACCUACACACGAAAAGUGGAUAUUGAGGUGCUGUUAGCACUCGCCAGCUUGGGGGCAUCUGUGCACAAGAUUUGCAGUGACAUCCGACUCCUUGCACACCUCAAAGAGAUGGAGGAACCCUUUGAAAAACAGCAGAUUGGCUCCAGCGCCAUGGCGUACAAGCGGAACCCUAUGCGCGCCGAGCGGUGCUGCAGCCUGGCCCGGCACCUCAUCACGCUCGCCAUGAACCCGCUGCAGACAGCCGCUGUGCAGUGGUUGGAACGCACCCUGGAUGAUAGUGCGAACCGACGGAUCAGUUUGGCUGAGGCCUUUCUCACUGCAGAUGCUGUACUGAAUACACUGCAAAAUAUUUCUGAAGGAUUGGUGAUCUACCCCAAAGUGAUUGAGCGGCGCAUUCGACAAGAACUGCCUUUCAUGGCCACGGAGAACAUCAUCAUGGCCAUGGUGAAGGCCGGGGGCAACCGCCAGGAUUGCCAUGAGAAAAUUAGAGUGCUUUCCCAGCAGGCAGCUGCUGUGGUCAAGCAGGAAGGGGGUGACAAUGACCUCAUCAAGCGCAUCCAGGCCGAUGCCUACUUUAGUCCCAUUCACUCCCAGUUGGACCGUUUACUGGACCCAUCCUCCUUCACCGGCCGUGCACCCCAGCAGGUACAGAGAUUCUUAGAAGAGGAGGUCUAUCCCCUGUUAAAACCAUAUGAAAGUGUGAUGAAGGUGAAAGCAGAAUUAUGUCUGUAGAGCCGGAAGAGAAUUAAACGACAGGUUUACCAGGGGCAGACACCUGCACAGACAGAUGGGCAGGAGAGCGGCCACUUGUCUUGCAAAGAGAAGAAGGUUUGUGAAAAGACACCUCAAGAAGUCUCACCUUGAAUUCAUUCAGUGCUCUUCUCUCUCCAUGGCACGCUCACCUGUCGGGGUUUACAACGGAACUAAACUGCACUGUGAUUGGACUCUGCAUUUAAGCAGCAGCGCAAAUCCACAUAGUAGACAUGCAGGUGACUUUCAGGGCCUCUUUCCAGCUAGGCUGGACCUUUUCGUGCAUCCACUUCCUUGUGAAGUCCUCGGCAACCUCCUGGUCUUCGGAGGGUGGAUUGGGUGCGGGUCUAGGGAAAUGACCGGGGCUCAGAAUGCUUGGAGGCUUCUAUUCAUUAUUCUUGCUAGAGUAAGUAGUGAGGUAGCUGAGGUACAACAAAUCCUUUCUGAGAAUCAACCUUAGCAGCUCACGUUGUCUGCGCAACGCAGCUGACCUUUCAGUGAGGCUUGUCUAGCUUGGAAAUGCUGAUUGGGUAUAUUGGUUAUGUCAGGACAUUCACGAGCAGGCCAGCUGUAUCCAAAGCCAUGUGGGACAUGGGUUAACGCCCACGGCCUGCCAGGGGAGAGCUGGUGCCCCCCUGCCAGUACUGCCCUUCACGGCCUCCAUCUGUAAACCUUUUCCUCUUAGGUGAAAAUGAAGAAAAUUUGUUUUAUCAGUUUUGCAGGUGAUACAAAAUUAAGAUAACUUGUCGGCAACUUUUGUAAAAUUAAAAUUCAUCUAACCUAAGUAAAUGGAAGUGAUGUAGUCCAAAAAAAGAAAAACUCAAAUAUAGAGAAGUUAAUUUAAACUCAGAUGAGUCAGAGAUGGUUGCCAAGAAGGUAAGAUAGUUCUGAGUGUUUAGUGGUGGUGUAAUGUCGAGAAAAGCCACCAGGCCCUCCACUGCACCUGUCCUGACCUCAUCGGGUCAGGUUCACAGAUUCCAAGGGUGGUUUUUUGAGUGACCAUCUAGGAGACUGGUGGGAGGCUAGAGGCCUGCCUGCAGGUGUCUGGGUUUCCAGCCAGGAAUGAGCUAACCUUACAUUGCCGGGGGCCUGGGCACUGGGAGCUGUAACACUGGGAAAAUGACCACUCUCCAAGGCUUCAACCCUUAAUAAGGCAGCUGACUUGAAAGUUAAAAGCUUAUCCUGGGCCCUCCCUGGUGGUGCUUCAGGUUGGAGUGCUGCACUGCCAAGCUAAGCCAAGCCUUGGCCGCUUCAC